UUCAAUAAAGUUAUUCAAACCAGGAAGUAACCGUAUGUCGUUACGCAUGCGCAGGAACAUUUGUGUUUACGUUGUUGCGGCGUGUCUUUCGUGGAAUUGUUUGGCUAAAAGAGGUCCAAACAGAGGUGGUGUUGUGGUCCAGUUAACCGUGUGAUUGGGCCCAUCGUCAACACGCAAAGAUGGAUUUCCAACAUCGAGCAGGGGGCAAGACGGGAAGCGGUGGAGUCGCGUCCUCCUCGGAAAGCAACCGCGACCGGCGUGAGCGGUUACGGCAGCUGGCGCUCGAGACCAUAGACAUCAACAAGGACCCCUACUUCAUGAAAAAUCAUCUUGGCUCGUACGAGUGCAAAUUGUGUUUGACACUUCACAACAAUGAGGGAAGCUAUCUAGCCCAUACACAGGGAAAGAAGCAUCAGACCAACUUAGCGAGGAGAGCCGCCAAGGAAGCUAAAGAAGCGCCUGCGCAACCGGCGCCUGAGAAGGUCAAGGUCGAGGUCCGGAAGUUUGUUAAGAUUGGUCGCCCUGGAUACAAAGUGACCAAACAGAGAGACCCAGAGACUGGCCAGCAGUCUUUGCUGUUCCAGAUUGACUACCCUGAGAUCGCGGAGGGCAUCGGCCCCAGGCAUCGCUUCAUGUCUGCUUACGAGCAGCGCAUUGAGCCCCCAGACCGCCGCUGGCAAUACCUGCUGCUGGCCGCAGAGCCCUACGAGACCAUCGCCUUCAAGGUGCCCAGCAGAGAGAUCGACAAAGCAGAGUCUCGCUUCUGGACUCACUGGAACAGGGAAACCAAACAGUUCUUCCUCCAGUUCCACUUCAAGAUGGAGAAAUCUCUCCCCCCAUCCAGUGGCCCUGUGCCCCCCAUGGGGGUGAAGCGCCCGCCUCCCCUCAUGAGUGGCAUGGGCUCCCGCCCCCCCAAUGAGCCCAUGCCCCCCCCUCCCCCAGGAGGGAUGCACAUGCCCCCCCUGCCCCCGGGCACCCCUGGGGGCCCCCAGAUGCACCACCAGAUGCCCAUGCCCCCCAUGAUGAGGCCCCCCUUACCCUCUGACGGACACGGGAUGCCUCAUAACAACUGAUCCAUCGACUGCCCGCCCCCGACCCCCACCCUGGCCCCUGCCCUCCCUCCCUCGAUGGAGGAGGUGAUUGUCCCCUCUGUUUGUGUGCUGCUGCAGAUGGCUGGCUGGUUGCCUGCCUGCCCGCUUGGUUGGCUGCCCGCUUGGUUGGCUGCCCGCUUGGUUGCCUGCCUGCCCGCUUGGU